CCAAAAUUAAGCGCUGGAACUGUUAUGACUAUACCAGGCAUCAUUGGUUCAAAGCAACUUCGAUCCUUCAACCAGAAAUUUUUAUGGGAAUGAGCAAUCUGUCUAUUUCUGGCCCUUACAAAAUGCCCCAUCUAACGCGGAGUACCGUGGCUGUUCCAUGUUCUGCUCUGUUUGUUAACCAGAUGCCCUCCAUCAACAGGGGAUUUAAUUCUGGUACAGUGGGGUCGCCCUGGGCAUAAACCAUUAUGCGUGAGCGCUCUGCUCCUCUUCUGCAUUGAACGAAAUAGGAUUAGAGAUGUUUGACACUGCCAUGGCCUCGCCCAGGAGAUACAACCCAGGGCCUUGAACCUGAAAGAAAAGGAAAAGAACGGUUGAACUUUUCAAAAAAAAAACAGAAGAAGAAGGCCAAGGGAGUCUCAUCCGACCCUGGCCUGUGUUUGCUCAUGACUGCAAGUGGAAGCGUGCAUGAAUUUCAACAUGUUGAUGUCUCAGACUUGGUUACCAUGAAGCAGUAACUGCUUCUGCUUGCUGAAAGAGUUUAUGCGUGUGCAGCAUGCUCAAGAAAGACAUAUGGAUAUUCUCUAAUAGCAUACUUUGUAUAAAACCCCUUGAUUCGCAGGUGGCUCAUCAGUGCCGUCUGAUGCCUGGAUAUCUCCUUUUAAGUCUGGCGAAUGGCAUGGUUGUGAAGGGAGAAUUGCAUGUCACCGAAAGUCUGCUCACUACAAAGUUCAUUGGGAACACCGCGGUGGGAUACACCCCGUGUAUCAUAUCUGGUGACCGGACUUCGUUGCUCUUCGGUGGUCUAGACUAUACAUCCAUUGAAGGUCCCCCCGCAAAAAAAUUUUCCAUUUGCCGGGCCUCUUAG